AUGGCGACCGGUAAUGUGAUUCCGGAGAAGUAUGAAACAUUGACACCGAUACUGAAGACUCCUAUCAGUGAUAUAUUUGCGAUUCCACUGUCGCAACAAGGCCGUCCAUGUGGCUUUUUCGAAGCCCAAUUUUUCCGUUGUAUGGAGGCCUACGGCGCAAAACUCGGCCGCAAGUAUUGCGAUCUGGAGCACCGCGACUUCAAAGAAUGUGUUACCAGUGAAAAGCAGUUGAAGGUACCUUUCUUCUUACUGGCUUACUUAUUUUCAAGAUCUUGUGCAGUUAUAACCGAAAGAGUCGGUGUGAGGAAGUGCUGA